AUGCAAAUUCUGCUCCUUGCCCUCUGUAUUUCUUCCACGUUGGCAGAUUGCCCAGCAGCAUGGAAGACAUUUUUGAAUUCUGAAAUGGAGGAAAACACUGCGAAUGGGUGUGAAGCUGAUUGGAAAUUCGUAAAUAGACCAUCGACUUCUAUCUUGGCCCAAGUUCCCGAAUCGAGUGGAUCCCUCUGGACAGGGCUUCGUAGAACCAAAAAAUGCAUCGGACAAAAAAUCACAGCAACUUGCACCAAUCUGACUUCCUUCGAAUGGACAGAUGGAUCUUCUACUGGAACCGACGGAUUCGUUUUCCAAGCUGGACAACCUGACAAUAAGAACCUCGACCAAAAUUGUGCUCUAUUCUUGGCAUCGAAGACACCAACUGUGGUUGCUAACAAGGGAACGUAUUACGCAGCGUCCUAUGAAGAUACCGGAUGUGAAGUUGGGGAAUUCAGUGAGGCGCAUCUUCCACGUAAGAUUCUCGGGCAUGUCUGUGGAAAGAAGGCUAGCAAAUAA